AUGACACAUUAUUUCAUUAAAGUCAUUUCUCAGCUUUCACACAGUUACUCUGCUCUAUCAUGGCAGCUAUUCGUUGGAACUUCCAUUGGUGUUCAAGCAAGUAUGACGGUCCUCCAAGCUCUGGUAACGGACCGAGAACUUGGCUCUAAAUUCAAAGUCCCGGCUGGAUCUCUACAAGUCAUAGUACUCAUCUCUUCAUGCGUCUUUCUUGUGCUCAACAACUGGACUAUCUAUCCCAUGUACCAGAGGAUCACCCAUAAGAAGCUGACACCGCUUCAACAAGUAGGUAUAGGUCAAGUUUUCAAUAUCUUGAGCAUGUCAAUCUCCGCCAUUGUUGAAGCAAAAAGGCUGAAAGCAGUUGAAAAUGAGCACUCCAUGUUAGUUUUAUGGCUAUUCCCUCCUCUAGUGAUAGUUGGAAUUGGCGAUGCCUUCCAUUAUAUGGCGAACGUUGCAGUAUUCUACGGAGAGUUCCCUGAGUCUCUGAGGAACACAGCAACCUCCGUAACCUCGGUGGCAUUUGGAAUCUCAUUCUACUUAAGUACAGCUCUAAUUGACUUGAUACAGAGGACCACCGCAUGGUUACCAGACGACAUUAACUACGGGAGAAUGGACAACGUGUACUGGGUUUUGGUUCUUGGAGGCGUUCUGAACUUUGGCUAUUUCCUUAUCUGUUCUUGGUGUUUCACAUUUAGAUAUUUCCAAGAUGAUAAGAGCAAGUUUAUUUGGGGGUUCAUAUAAGGGGAGUUCUUAAUUUUUUUAUGAAUUAAUUGUGUACUGUUUGGAAUAUAAGAACUCAUGAUCUCUUAGAUAAAAUUUUCCCUUUUAUUGGUAGAUUCUUAUUUUAGGUCUCUUA